GCGUUAUGCCAGCCACAAACUGAAGACAAGCUGCUGACUGAUCUCUUUCUUUGGCACUAAGGCUAAGCCUGGGUAGCCCAGGCAUUUUGGAAGUAUAAUCAGAUGCAAUGGAUCUAGAGGGGUUGCUAUGAAGCUUUGUGGAUAAAUAAAAAGCUACCAAGCUAAACUGGGGCAAUUGCCACCCACCCACACCCUAUAAGACGGAUCUUUCAGGACCCCAGAUAUCAUGUCUAUAGGUUCACAGUCCAUUCCUCCUGGAGGCCCUAAUGGAAUUCUUAGAAGUCAGUCAUUUGCUGGUUUUAGUGGGAUUCCAGAACGCAGAUCUCGAUGUAACUCUUUCCUUGGAAGCACUUCUGUACCCAAGAAGCCUCAAGCAAAGCAGAAGAAAAUGCAUAACUUAGUUCACAAGAGUAAUAGCACGUCUAAAGAGCCUCAGCCUGAAAGGGUGGAAGAAAUAUAUGGAGCUUUAAAGAAUGGACUUGAUGAAUAUCUAGAAGUUCACCAAGCUGAGCUAGACAAGCUGACUUCCCAAUUAAAAGACAUGAAAAGAAACUCAAGAUUGGGGGUCCUCUAUGAUCUUGACAAGCAAAUAAAGUCGAUUGAAAGGUACAUACGAAGACUGGAGUUUCACAUUAGCAAGGUGGAUGAGCUGUAUGAAGCUUACUGUAUUCAGAGGCGACUCCGGGAGGGUGCAAGUAAGAUGAAGCAGGCUUUUGCUUCAUCACCUUCCAGUAAGGCAGCUCGAGAGAGUUUGUGUGAAAUCAAUAAAAGUUAUAAAGAAUAUACUGAGAAUAUGUGCACUGUUGAAUCAGAGAUGGAAAACCUUUUAGGAGAAUUUUACAUCAAAAUGAAAGGUCUAGCAGGCUUUGCCCGACUUUGUCCAGGAGACCAAUAUGAGAUUUUCAUGCGAUAUGGACGCCAGAGAUGGAAAUUGAAAGGCAAAAUAGAAGUUAAUGGCAAGCAAAGCUGGGAUGGAGAGGAGAUGUUCUUCCUCCCUUUAAUUAAUAGUUUGAUUUCAAUUAAGGUUACAGAACUUAAAGGGCUUGCCACUCAUAUCCUGGUUGGAAGCGUAACCUGUGAAACAAAGGACUUAUUCGCUGCCAGACCUCAAGCCGUGGCUGUUGAUAUCAAUGACCUUGGCACUAUAAAGCUUAACCUUGAAGUAACAUGGUGCCCAUUUGACACAGAGGAUCUGACUCCAUCCACUGGCAAUAUAAACAAAGCAACAGCCCUGCAAAGAAGAGUCUCCAUAUACAGUCAAGGAACACCAGAAACCCCAACCUUUAAAGAGCAUUCCUUCUUCAAAUGGCUGAACCCGCCACAAGACAGGCUGCGAAUGUCAAUUAUGGAUGCGCUUCAGGAGACUUUCUUUGACAAGCUCCGGCGCAGUCGCUCUUUUAGUGACCUACCUUCUCUCAGGCUGAGGCCUAGAUCAGGGCAAGGGAGAUAUUCUAAUUUGCAAGAUGACAUUUUUGAAAAUGGUGGGAAUUCUGUUGAAAAGAGGGCCCUCUCCCUUAGUUUUGAAGACUUGCCCAAUGGUGACUGUACUCCACCCAGAUCAACAGCCUCUUCUUCUCUUGGCUAUUCAAACCCUGAAAUCACUGUUACACCACCAGAGCAUAAUCUCAGUGAACUAUCUUCAGAGGAUCCAUCUAUGGAUAACUCAAGUUCUAGAGGAUCUCCAGAUCCAAGUAUUAACUCUCCAGACUCUCAGUCCCACAUAGAACAAACUGGUGAAAAUGAAGAAACCUCAUCAGAAAAUAAGUUAGACUUGUCUUGCCAAAAUCCCACAUUCUGUGGGACUAAUAACCUAUUUAGAAAUUCAGAUGUGUCAGUGUCAAUACUACAAGACUCAGAUGAGGCUUCUGAGCUGAAGCCUGUGGAGCUGGACACUUGUGAAGGAAAUAUUACCAAGCAGCUGGUAAAGAGGCUAACCUCAAGUGAAAUCAGUACUACAGCAGACAGACUACAGUCUGAGUGCUCCAUUGCUAGUGAAACCGAAGCCAGUAGGUCCUAUUUAGAUGGGAGCUUAGAAGAGUCAUUGCAAGGGCUCCUCUUAGAACUUGAGCCAUGUAAAGACCACUAUACAGAAUAUCAGGAAUUGUACCAUGAAAUUACACACCUAGAAGAUGUUCUAAAAUGCAAGCCAGCUGUAAACCGAAGCAGGUCUUCGAGUAUAAGUCUAACUAUUGAGAGUGCAUUAGAAAGCUUUGAUUUCCUGAACACCUCUGACUUUGAUGAGGAUGAUGUUGAUGAUGAUGACAUGAUUUGUAAUGGUGGAGGUGCAGACUCUGUGUUUUCAGACACAGAUGUGGAGAAGCCCAGUUACAGAGCUGGGCAUCCAGAGGCAAGGGGUCAUUUAAGUGAAGCAUUAACAGAAGAUACUGGGGUUGGUACCAGUGUUGCAAGCAGCCCCCUGCCACUCACUACAGGAAACGAAAGCCUUGAUAUCACACUGGUCAAACAUUUACAGCACUGCUCUGAACUUAUUCAGCAAAUCGUACUUUCUAGUUCCAUAUUAUUUGUUUUGAAAGACCUACUGAAGAAGUUAAGCAAGCAAAGUCAAAUCCUGCGGCAGCUAUCUGAAAUCAGCAGAGACUCUAUGGGCAACAUGAACUCAGUUCUGGAAGUUAUCCCUGGAUUUAAAAGCAUGCCUUAUUUGUUAUCCUUGUGGAUAAAAUGCUGUACACCUGGACACACAUACCAUACGUCUGCUGAAAGGAUGAUGAAGCAGUUGGAUGCAAGUUUUGGCCAAACGAUUAACAAGGAGUGCCCUGGGCAUGCAGAAACAGUUUUCAGAAUGCUGCUAACUCAUAUUCUUGACAAAGGAGAGGCUAUUCUGUCCGCUAACCUGUCCACAGAAACCAUCACGGUGUUCCAGUACUAUGAUUUCUUCAACAGCCAUAAUAUUGGUGAAUUUAAAAGUUAUUUGAUUCAGCUGGCUAAGGAAGCAUCAGUGGUGCAGACAUCUAUGGAUGCAAUUUCAUUCAAAGUGGAAGAUCUAUCUUCAUUCAGUUCACCUCCUUGGCAGGAAAUCCUAACAGCAUUGACCUUGCUCCUUACUGAAAAUGACAGCGAUGUCAAUAAAGCUUUGACCUUACUCUCCUCCACUGCAUCCAAAUCUGAUCAGUUCAGAGAAAAGGCUCUAUUAUAUUACUGCAAGGCAUUAACUCACUCUAAAGCUCCUCUGCAAAAGGCAGCAUGCAUGGCUCUCCGUUGCCUUCAGGCUACAGAAAGUAUUAAAAUGCUUGUUACUCUAUGUCAUUCAGAUGAUGAAGGAAUUAGGAAAGUUGCCUCAGAAACAUUAUUAUCGCUUGGAGAAGAUGGGCAACUUGCAUAUGAAAAACUUGAUAAAGCGCUCAAGGAGAUUUCCUGUGAAGGAGAUCACCAAGCAGCUGCUGUCGCCACUGCCUUUUAGAAACCUAAUGACGUUAUAAAAGUUGACAGUAUUAAGAACUGUAUUUGCAGGCAUCAAGAACAAAGUCAGGCAAAAAAAAACAUUUUUAAUACAUAAUGGUAACAUUUAUUGACUUUGAUAUGGAAACUUUGGAGGAAAGCUUCAGGAUUGGGAACUUAUCAAAAAGUUUACUCCGCUUGACCGUUUAGUAAUCACGUUCCUUGGCUGCAUCACAAUUCAAAUGAACCUUGGAGAAAUGGAUCACUAUUACUUCUGGAAAAAUAGGAUAUUAUGGGCCAUAUUUAUGUAUUAUUAAUUUAAUAGAUCUGUUUGUUGGUAACACCAUGGUAAGUGCUAUUCCUCCCAGUAACUUACCUGUAGAAACGUGUCCAAUAAUGCACAGCCUCGAACACAAACCUUUUCUGUCUUCAGAAUAAUACCUAUCUAGACCUCUGAAGCAUCACAUACCUUAAGGAAACCCUACCGGUUCUAUUAUCAGAACCAUAUCUCUGCUGUAUAUAAAAUAUGAUGUUGCAUAACUGAAUUUAUAAUACAUGGAUCAACUAGUAGUUAGGCAGGUUAUAUAUAGGCAUUAUGGUUGAACGUGAUGGACGUAUGUCUUUUUUCAACCCAACUUACUAUGUUACUAUGUAGUCUGUAGUAAAUAACAGUUAAAUAACCAUUUUUAUUCAGGUUAUGGUGAUACACAGUAGACACUCAUAUUGUGACAAUGUAAACAUACAUGAUCUGUGCUUAAAUCUAGUACAGAAAUAGUACAUGGAGUUGGGUGUUUUCACCACCACGUACAAGUGAGUAUCCACCCACAGAAAUUUGCCAAUCUGAAUUCAUGGGCAACUGUUAUUCACUUUCGCCAUAAUGACCAUUAUGUCCUUAUUUUUUACAGAAAAUUAUGAAACAUUGCAUUUGCCAUAUGAUUCUGUAUGUCUGAUAGAUUGAUAAUACCUGAUGUUCUAAUACUACAUAAUGCUUCUCUGUUGAUGUCACUUGAGCAUAUUGAAUCUAAGGAUUUGUAAAAAACAAUUUUGCCACCAAAGGAACUCUCCCUUCCUGGGACACUUCCCCCAUGUAUAUACAUGCACUCCUAUUUCUCAGUAUAGUCUUGCUUUGUUUGUGAAGUAAUGAGUACUGAAUACAGUAUAUACAUUGUACCUAAAAUGUGAGUAGCCGAUGCCUAAAAGUUAUAUAUUUGAUUUAGAUACACAAUCAAAUACCCUUUCACAUAAUCACAACCAAUAUCUUUGUAAACAUGGGUUUCACAUACAUAUUUUGAUGACUUAUUUUACUAAUCCAUUUCAUUGAAUCUAUAUGCUUGGUGAAUGGUUUCCCAUGAAACCUUAUUUUCCAUGUAAUGUUAUAUCAUAAAAGAAAGAUUUAAUUGGCAAAUACAAGCUCUUAUUUGAAGAUUCAAGUUUGAUUUCAAUCGUCCACAAUUUUAAAGCGUUUUGAUAUUUUGGGUUUGAAUUUGGUGUGGCUUAAAAUGUAGGGUUCAGGCAAGUUUGAAUUCUGCAUAAAGCGCAAGGAUUUUAUAAAAUCCUGGAUUGGGUGCAUCGAUAAAGAUUUGAUAAUGAUUUUCUUUUACCCCAAGUUGCUUUUUGCUGCAUCAUCCUGGAAUCAAGGCAUUAAAAAAAUCAUUUUAUAAAUCUGGUUAAUCACUUCAUUUACUAUGCUACACUUUUAUAUCAGCACAUGCGGAAUGCUAUGUACAAAAUGGGCAGUAAUGAAGUGUGGGCUGAGCUAUAAAAUCCCAGAUAAAGUAGAGAACGCUUGUGGUGUGCCUUUUUUGGGGGGUUUACUGGAAUGUUUACAUAAAUGGAGCUACAUGAAGCAAUUCUAACCUAGCACAGAUUCACUGCUAACUAUAUAAUGCUUAAUUAACUCAACCUAUUCAUAGUGUGUCAUUUAGUCUUAUAUAUAAGUGGCCUUAUGAAAUCAGUCAGUUGGGUACAGUAACAUUAGUUACAUAAGAAAUAACACAUGCUUGCCCUAAAGUAAAAAUUGUAUUUUCUUUUAUCAGGCCUAGCUCAUUUUUCCUUUACGAGUUACUGAAAGUUCUGAAUUAAAUGAUCUUUUAAGUGAUACUCUUUAACAGUAGCCUGUAAAUAGCCUUUUAGAUGAAUGCAUUUUAUAAAAUGUUUUUAUGUAAAUAAAUUAUUUGGAUUAUACUAUUACAUUACUGAUGAAAGCACUUCAAUGCUAUAACCCAUUGUGUGCCAUCAGCUGACUCUUUACGCCAUUUUGGAAACAAACAUGCUGUAUAGAUCUAACAGUCGACCGGAAAAAAUAGAAUCUAUAGGAUCGGCCCUAUUCUAUGUUUUAUGGCACUUAGUUAAGCAAAAGUUUUUUCUAAAAACCUGAAAAUAUUUAUAUAUAAAUACCUAGAUAUUGUUAAAUGUGUUUACAGAAUUUAGCCUUAUCUGCUUUAAGAUAAAAUUGUAUUAACUGUAAUUCUUAAAAAUGCACUGUUUUGUAUCUUCAUUAUGUUUCCAUUGAUUCAGGGAUUUUCAAGUGUUUCUAUAGUAUGAUGUAAUUUUAAUGUAAAUAUUAUUCAGCCCACCUGUCAUCUACACAUGACAGUAAGAGGGAGUGAGUGCUUCUUAUGCGAGAGCAGUGCCCUUGAAAAAUCAGAAUCCUUUGAUAGCUACAUCAGGUUCUCGCACCUUGAAUCUAGAACAAAUGGUUUUAGUACUUUUGAUUUGUCUAGGAAUAACUGAAGUGCUGUUAAGUCCAGUAUGUGCACAGUCAGCAGGGUAUCAGCUUAGUUUGCUGCUUAGAAUACAAUGUUAGGCUAAAUUUAGAAUACAAAGGCUUUAAAAUGCCUGGGUACAUAAAUUAAAGACUUACAGAUCCAUGAAGCUAUGGACUUGCAAAUACUGCGAUUAAUGUGGAAACAACAACUGCGUUUGCAAGUCUUUAUAGUCCUUAAAGGAGAAGGAAAAGCUAGUAAAGAGUUAAUCUCAAGCUGCAGGCAUACCUUCAGUUGUCUCAAUAGUGCCCUUAAGUCUCCCGAUAUUAAGCCAAACAGGAAGAAAAAACGCUGAGCUAUGUAAAGAAAGAUCCCAUAAUGCCUCACUCCUGCACAGAGACCAAGACCAGCUCCUGAUUAAGCGCAUGCGCACUUAACAUACACUGUGAGCACGCUUUGAAUCUCACAAGCAGGAGAGGCUCACGUCUAGGGGGAAGGGAGAAAAUUUGCGCAUUUCCUUGUGCGGUGCCAUGUUGGACUAAUUUAAAUAUCCAACAUGGCAACCACAAUAGGGGAAAUAUAGCUUUUAUGAAAGUCAGAGUGUGCAGGCGAUAUACAAGCUAUCAGGUAAAAAAAAAUGUAGCGAUCAGCUACAAGGACAUGAGGCCUUUCUAGUUAUGGGGUUGCACUUUUAACCCUUUCCUUCUCCUUUAAUAUGCACAUACCAAUAUUAAUAUAUUCCAGUAUUUUUCACAGAUGUUAAUGAGUAGGAAGCAAAAAUGUGUAUUUGUUUACUAGCACUAGCAUAAUAAACAUUGUUUUAGAUUCUUACAGUAAGUAAAACAAAUACUGCUCUGACCUAUUGCUUCUCAAGGAUUGGUCAGUUGUGUGCUAGUUGUUAGCUAAUUAGCCAAAACAAACACUUGGAGGUCCUGGUAUUCUGCAGUUCUGAGUAAAUGAGGACCAUUCCAGCCCCCAGAUGAACAAAUUCCAGCCAGUGUCUUGUACUUUUGCAUGAGAUGGUUCUUACCUUGUUGGACUGGCCUGUGCUAUUGUGCCUUCUUUAGAUUUGCUGUAUUUAAACUAAGCCUGGUUCCAUUGUGUAAAAGUAACAAUAAAGAUUAUUUUUGAACUACUA